GAAUUCUUGUUGUUCAAUAAAAUGAAUGAAUUUUGACAGUGUCGGCCAUACUUGCUGAAUAAACUUGAAGUUGAAAAUCGGUGUGAUUUUUUACUUCAAAAUUACCGAAAUUAAACAAUAUUUGUCAUUGGAUUAACGUAUGAUUAUCUUAAAAAUUGUAAUUAUAUGGAUUAAGUGUGAAAAACCGAAAAGAACAAGGUGUAAUUAAACGUGAAUGAGACUGUGAAAAAAAAUUGUCGAAGGAAUAUUUUUUUUGUACUGUGUCGAUCAUCGUUAUGUGUAUGGGAGUAUUAGUAAAUUGAAAGAUAUAAAACAGAAAAACAAUUAACAACAACAACAACAAGACCGCCAACAGACAGCAGUAGCAAAUCACCGAGUCGUCAUUUUCAACAAAAUCGUUUAUUUUAAAUAAAGCUAACAAAACAACAAACAUUUUAACAACUCCCAAGAUCUACGGCCAAGAUUAUAGUUCGAAACUCGAAAGACACAAUGUGCUAGAACGAGAUAAGUGAAUUAUUUGUUUUAUAUAGUGUGUCCCCGUGUCGUUUUGUGUAUAUACAUAUAUAUUUUUUGAAUAUAUCUAUCCAUCUAUACCUAUAACGUUAUACAUACAGACUAUAGGUAUAUACAGCCAUUGAAAAGUUAACUAAUAAAAUCGGUGUGUUUGUGUGUGCUAAAAGUGUCAUGUGAAACUCUAUAAUUUUAAAUGGAUAAUUAAAUGCAAAUAUUAAUUAUAUUUGAGAAUAUACAUUUUAAAUGUGAAAGAUUUAUUAGCAUUGAGGAUUAAUAUUCAGCAAAUUUAAGAGCUAGGUGAGCCAUGCUCUGCAUAUUCGACAAGUUUAAUUACUUGUAUUAAAAUGAUUGGUUUGGCCCAAGGGCCGGGGCCCUGUGUCUCCCGCCGUUCCGUUGAAACAAUCUUCUGUGCGCCAAUUGUUCCAUCAGUCAACCAAGAUUACACUUCUUCCCAUCAGUUGUUAGUAGAUCCAUUAUCUAUCUCGUUUUUGUGUACACUGACUGAUUACGAGAAAGAAGUGUCAGAACUUGUGGGCCCGCUUACUGCGGAAGCCCCAAUUUCUCAGUCUGCAUGGAGUCAAUGAGACGAGGUGAGGCGAAUCACAGCCACCACCCGAAUAAGGUGGCCAUUAACAAUCUAGCAACGGAUAGCAAUAAACAAGCGAAUACUAGCAGUGUUAGUGGCAGUACUUUAAACAAUAACAAAAUUAGCUUUAAUAAUCAACAACAACAAACAACGGUAUCGUCAGAAUCAAAAGAAAGUAAUUUUGAAUACGACGACAACGAAUGGGAUGUAGGUGGAAUUGGUGAUUUAAUUAUUGAUCUAGACAAUGAUAUUGAACAAUCGUCUGGCAGUAGUGUCCAACAAAUUUCAUCUGACAUAAGUAGUUCUUCGUCUUCUAUUGCAAGUUUAUCCAGUCCAUCUAGUUCGUCAAUCGCGAAUAAAUCGUCUAAUACGCAACAAAAGCAAACUCAACCGAAAGUCUCAUCAUCGACGACUAAUGUCCUUAAUUCUUUGGUAGCAUCACGACCAAACAAAACGGCAUUCGCGUCUGUAGCGCCCAAGCAACAACUACCUAUAAAUACAUCAACAUCUGUGAUCUCAUCUAAAACGCAACUAACUUCAUCGAAACAAUCUCAGCCCUCGCAACAACAUCCGCCAUCUCCAACUACGCCGACUACACCACAGUCAGCAUUGAUUGCUCAGCUGAAUAGUAAUCGGCAAAUUGGUUUUGUGGACGCAAAUCAAAAGUCGACUUCUGAAAAUAUGUCGUCAACGCCGAGCGGACAAGGAGCUGGCAAAGCUGGCACCAAAAUAUCGAUAGACCACCAAUCAUUAAAAAUGAAAAUAAAGAGAACGAAACCAGGCACCAAAACAUCGGAAGCGAAACAUGAAAUUGUCAAGGCAGACAUGCAAAAUGGUGCAAUAUCAGCCGAUGAUAGCAGUAGUUCAACAAGUUCAAGUGGAAAAAGUCAACGAACUCCGUUAACAUCUAGUCCGGCCAUUUUGACAGCAGGUGCAACCACAGCUGCAACAUCGGCCAAUUCUACACCACAAACUACGAAGCGUGGUCUCAGCGGCCAUCGGAGGGAUAAAACAAAAGAAAAGACCUCGCACUCACAGCGCGACAAAAACGAUCAAUUGUCGUCGCAACAACAAUCGCACAAUAACAGUUCGUCACAAAAUAACGAUCGAACGUGUACCUGUUCACACGAUGGCCAAGUGAAUGGAUCAACACAAGCACCUUGUUCGAAUGGGUCGUGUAUCCGAAAUCGAACAAUGGAUACAACAAAUGUGCCGCUCGUACAACGGAUAUCUUCCAACAGUCAAUCAAAUUUAAAUAGCACAAAUUCAAAUUCUACACCUCUGGCGGCAGGUGUAAUACCAACCGGAAUAUUCGCUGCUAGUUCAAUUACAGCUGGCGGUGUUCAAUUGCCUUCCAGUGGCACAACAAAUGCUAAUGCUCCAGGACCGCCUAAAGAUGCAAAGAUUGCCACUAAUCUUCUUCAUCCAACACCCGUACAAUUGCCUACUUCUAUACCAUCUACAACCAUUUCAAACAUUCAACAGCAAACAACAGCGUCAACAACAUCCACGACCACAACAGCGACGAGUUCUACAUUGAUGAAGUCUUCGUCAACAUCUUCAUCAUCGAUAGCACCGUCCUCGGUGAACUCAUCAUCGAAUUCAUCUUCGAGCAGCGCGUCGAACUGUGAAGAGAGUACGAGUCCGCCUCCAGCAAAAAAGAUUAAAUUUGAACCGAAAGAAAUGGUGGAUGUAUGUGUAGGCACAUCUGUUGGUACAAUAACCGAGCCAGACUGUCUGGGACCAUGUGAACCUGGCACGUCUGUAACAUUGGAAGGUAUUGUAUGGCAUGAGACUGAGGGAGGAGUGCUCGUUGUUAAUGUUACAUGGAGAGGAAAGACUUAUGUAGGCACGUUAAUGGACUGUACGCGACACGAAUGGGCUCCACCAAGAUUCUGUGAUUCUCCAACGGAAGAGUUAGACUCUAGGACACCAAAAGGACGAGGUAAACGUGGUAGAAGUGCCGCACAACAACCGAGUAAUGAUCUGAGCAAUUUUACCGAAACCCGAAGCUCUGUUCACAGUAAACUUCGGAAUGGUGGGGCAAAGGGUCGUGGAGGAAGAACUACGACGACAACAGGGACACCGACAUCGACAACAAAUACGACUACUACGACAACAGCAACCACUACCUCGACUUCGACCAAUUCGUCUUCGAGCAAUUCAGGCAGCAAUACCAGUUCCAAUACACCGUCGACUUCACCGACUUCGUUUCUUCCACCGAGACCAGAAAAGCGAAAAUCAAAAGACGAGAGUCCAUCACCAGUGAACGGAGAAAGCGAAACAAAGAGCUUAAUCAACCCAUUGACAGGGUUAAAUGUACAAAUACCAGCAAAGAAAGUCAAAACAACAGCACCGUGUGCUAUUUCACCUGUUCUAUUAGAAUGUCCAGAACAAGACUGCAGUAAGAAAUACAAGCAUGCUAAUGGUUUAAAAUAUCAUCAAAGUCAUGCACAUGGAGCUGGCUCAAUGGAUGAGGAUUCUCAGCAACCAGAAUCACCAAGAGUGGCUCCACCCACAACGCCAUCGCCUGCACCUACAACUCCUCAACCGACUCUACAGACUGGUCAAACAUUGUCGUCAUCUCCUCCAUCGACGCCAUUAUCAAAUUCGAAUUCGAACUCAACAUCAGGGCAAACGUUACCCACACAAGAACCAUCAACGCCAACUCCAUCAUCUCCACUUCCUGCAUCAACAACGCCUUCCAUUCCAAUCACAACUACGGUAUCGAAUACACCAAUAACUGCUGGACUGUUGACUCCAGUUACCUUAACAGUAUCAGGAACAACACAACCACAACUAUUAUCUCAUCCUGUCGCUGGAGGUAGUAUCACAACGGGUGUCGCUGGUCCUGGGUUACAACAACAACAACAGCAACCAAUUUUAGCAACUAAUCCAUCGCUAUCAGAUUCGAAUAUGUCCCCUAUACCCGCUUCUCCACAGCAACAGCCAUUAAUCAGUAGCGGAAUUGUACAAACACCGACGCGUGCUGAUGUACCAGGAAAAAUCAAAACGGGUGUGCUACGCUUCGGACCUGCACCCGAAGAAAUGAACCGUUUGUCAAAUUCAUCUGGUGUCACAACACCAACAGCAUUGAGUCAAUCUCCAUUACGUGCAACACCAUUGUCCUCCAUGACUCGAUUGGCUGGAUCUACCACACCUGAAUCGACUCUUCAACCAUCAGAUUACAGCACAGCCAAUCAAUCAAAUGUUUCAUCUAUUCCAAUCGUUGGAUCGAAGUCGCAGAAAAAACGAAAAGAGGGUAGUGGCAUUGACUACGAAAGUUCUUCCUCGAACAGAGAUGAUGUUCAAAGUCCCGCAUACAGUGAUAUUUCCGAUGAUUCAACACCUGUUGUUGAUUCAGAUUUGAUGGAUAAAACUCAAAGUUCCAAACAUCCGGAAAGUGUUAAAAAGAUUACCGACGGCCCACCAGCUCAAAUUGGACCAUUGAGUGGUUACAAUAUGUUUCCAUUUUACCCGCAACAACCUUACUUACCGCCAGAACAUCAGGGCAUGAACAAACCUCCUUCGCUGAAUCCAAGUGCUGUUCAAGACUACAAUAAGGUCAAAGAACCACCAUUGGAUUUGAUGACGAAACCAUCGAGUAAUUCGCAAGAUCCGUUAGCCUUGUCCAAAGAAAAUUCAAGUGCGAGUCCGCAGGCUCCACCAAGCAAAUUCAUGGGAAGUUAUUACCCGUACAACUACAUACCACCUGGCUAUCCAUCCUAUAAUUUAGAUCCGAAUUACGGUGCUGUGUCAAUGGUUUCGGAUGAUAGUAAAAUGUCUAAUCAACAGCAACAACCGUCUUCGUUGAAAGAAGAACGACUGAAAGAAAAUCCUAGUCCAAACGAACAUCCGAAAAUGCAACCACAGUUAAUGCCAACGAAAUUGAUCAAGACUGAAACAUCAGUAACAAAAGACUCGAAGCAAGAUCCGGUUGGUCAUUCUAUGCACCAACAGAAGGAUCACGGUCACUCGAUGGGUUCAUAUCCAAUGUAUGCGAGACACGGAAUGAAUGUCCCUCCGCCACAGCAACCUCAACAUAUGAGUAGAGAGGAAGAAUUGCGAAGGUAUUAUAUGACGUAUCCCGAUCAACGGAGAUCUAGCACAUCCAGUAAUUCGUCAUCAACAAAUCUUCAACCGACCCACAUAAAAGUUGAAGAACCUCCAUCUCCAUCGGCGCAGUCCUUACAAAAUCCACCAACACCGGAUAGUCGGCAGUCAUCACAAAUUGGUCAGGUUCCACCAUCUCCGCAACAAUUGACACAACAACAACAACAGCAGCAGCAGCAACAACAACAACAACAGCAGCAAUCGCAGCAACAACAAAAUCAGCAGCAACAUCGCAGCUCGUCACAAAAAUCGUCAUCACAAAAGUCGUCAUCACUCCUCAAGGACAUUAAAAGCGAAGAGAAGGAAAUGAUAAAAAUAAAGCAAGAAGGUCAAAAGCCUACUAUGGAAACUCAAGGACCACCUCCACCGCCAACAUCUCAAUAUUAUAUCCAUCCAUCGUAUAUGGGACCAGGGCCAUUUGGUUUUGAUGGCGGCCAUCCGAUGUAUCGAAAUAUGAUUGUACCUGGUACUCCAUAUAAUCCGUCACCAUAUCAUCUUCAAAUGGCUCGAUUUCAUGCACCCGAAGAUCUGUCACGGAAUCCAAACACAAAAGCAUUAGAUUUACUGCAACACCAUGCCAGUCAGUACUAUCAAUCACACAAAAUACAUGAGCUGAGCGAACGUGCGUUAAAGAGUCCGAAUAGCAACGCGAAAGUCAGUGUGUCUAGUCCAAAUGUACCGCAACAGAACAGUGCCAGUACGCAAGGUGGAAUUCCACCAACAAAUACAGGAAGCAGUAGUUUAAAUUUGCAACCCCCGCCCACUUCAAUUCCGCCACUUGGUAGCGGGGGAAUAUCUUUAGGCUCACAAAAAGGUUCCGAUAAACCAGGCAGUGAACCUUCCAUUAAAGAUGGUCCUGGUGGACGAAGCCCGCCAACCCAACGACAUGUGCAUACACAUCAUCACACACACGUUGGCCUUGGUUAUCCCAUGUAUCCUGCACCAUACGGAGAUUGUAAACCGUUUAGUUAGAAAUAACUGUAGGAUGCGCGGCUGACAACAUUCAAAGCUGCUGCUGUACUAGCCAGUCAACAGGCUGCCGCUGUAGUAAUUAAUCCAUUUCCACCCGGACCGACCAAAUAGAAUUCAAUGAAUUCUCGACCGACAAUAUAUCCUCCCGCCAAGGAUGACAAAAACAACAACAUGAGUCGAGACAAAAUGAAAACCGGCAGCUACGAUAAAUAAAAUUGAUGAGCGUAAGAAAGAAGAAAAGAUGAAGAAGAGCUAAAAAACGAAUGAACGGAAACAGUUCAAACAGACAGUUUUCAUAUAAAUAUUAUGUGUAUGAUGGGAAAUGAAUCAAUUGUGUUACGAUCUAUAGUGAAGAUAUAAAUAUGUGAAAAUUGAACGGUGAGACAGAAGGAUAAUUAAACUUUGAAGUGAAAGACAGUGAAUUGGACCAAAUUAGAAAGAAAUUAAAUUUGAAAAAAAAAAAGUGAAAAGAAAAUUGUGGACAAAAUGUGAACGUGAAAAUGUGUGUGAGAGAGAGAGAUUUAAGAAUGUAAACGGAAAUCGUAAACACAAUUUCAAAAAAUAAAUGUGAUGAACUAAUUAACUUAAUAAAUUGAAUUAAAAAAUUAAUAUUUAUUUUCAUAUAACAAAGAGAGAGGAGAGAGAGAAAAAAAUAAAUAAGAAGCAAGGAUGAGAUCAAACAAGAAAAAGUUAAAAUGAAAAAGAAAAUGAUAAAGUGGAAGAAAAUUCAAAUUAUAUUCGUGAAAUCUUCGAGUAUUUAUUGUUGCUGUUAAUUAGUGUAAAUUAUUUUAUAAGUGAAAAAAAAAACUAUUUAGAACUUUGACUAAAAACAAAAAGUAAAUAAUUUUCAACCGAAACUUGCAAUUUUUUUAUUUUUAAAGAAUUGCUAGUUCCAACCAAUAUGAUGAUAAAUAAUUAGUACCUU